AAACUUCCUGUACUUUAACUUUUUCAAAAGCUGUUUCUUUCAUUUCCUUACGAGCGUUUUUCACUGGUCUUCUCACCAUUAUUUGGUGCAGCUAAAGAACUCGAAUCCAAGCUAGAUAUGGCAUCGUCCAUGAAAAGCCUGUUGAGUAAUGAAAGCCGGUAUUUGAAAUCAUUCAACGUGUUCCUGGAUCGCUCAACUGAACACAAGUGUAUGCAGGUAUUUAUUGAUGAGAUACUCCCAGGCCAACUAGCAAGCAUUGGAGAUGGAAAAAGCAGCUUUAAUGUUCUGGGUGUCGGAAGUGGGGCAGGUGCAAUUGAUCUCCAAAUACUGUCUAAACUGCAAUCAAAACACCCAGGAGCUUCUGUUAAUAAUGAAAUAGUGGAGCCCAGCAGUGAACAGAUCCACAACUACAAAGUGUUAGUUGCCAAGACCCCAAACCUUGAGAAUGUCUCCUUCAAUUGGAAUAAGAUGACAUCAUCUGAGUAUGAGAACCACGUGAAAGAGAAAAAAGAAAAGAAAACAUUUGACUUCAUUCACAUGAUUCAGAUGCUUUACUAUGUGUCAGAUCCCGCUGCUACAAUCAAGUUCAUUCAUAGCCUGCUAGGACCUAAAGGAAAGCUCCUUAUCAUCCUUGUAUCAGGUAACAGCGGAUGGUUCCAUCUUUGGAAAACAUAUAGACACCGGCUUUGUUUCAAUGAAUGUAGCCUGUAUAUAACUACCCAUGAAAUUAAAGAAUACCUUGACAGCAUAGGGCUAAAAUACCAACACUAUGAGCUCCCAUCCUACCUGGACAUAACAGAGUGUUUCAUUGAGGGAGACGAAAAAGGGGAGCUUUUGGUAGAUUUUCUCACAGAAACGUGCGAGUUCAGUAAAACAGCACCAUCCGAUCUGAAAGCUGAAAUAAUGUCCUUUCUGCGCCAACCCGAGUACAUUACAGAGAAAGAUGGAAAGAUUAUUUUCAACAACACUCUGGGUGCAAUAGUGGUGGAACCAUAAAGUUGUAAUCAUGGUAGUCUUUCAAAAAGGUAUUAAUUAAAGGACAUACAGAGCAUUAAAUUCCAGUGUUUUGUUGUUUAAUGUAGUAUGAGGGAUCGAAAAGAAUCAUAUUUUGUAGCAACCCAAGUUUAUUUACAAUAUAUUCAACACAAUAUGGGUUAUGUAAACAUGUUAUGUACAUUCUGUACUAUGUUUGUGCAUCUGUCAGUACAUCUGUGUAAAGUAGCAUUUAAUAUAAAUAUAUAAUAUCCAGUAAUAUUAUAAUGUUCACUCCAAUACAUGGAAGGCAUAACGUUCCUUGGGUAUACAAAUGCACAAGCUUAUCUAGUUGAAAGUAUGCUGUAUUUGGAUACAGGCACAGUACAAGCCAUAGCCUAGUGAACACAAUAACACAUUAACAAAUGACCUGUAGAGGUACUGGUAAGUUGAGUAUUUUGAGUGGUUCAGUGCUAAAUGAACGCUACAACAACACACUUUUGGACAUUGUUCUACUGCAUCAUUAUGUUCCUUGUUGGUUGUUCUGUAGUUUAUGUAUAAUUAAAAAUAAAGACAAAAUACAUUGAUUGUUAUUACUUAUGAAUUAAUGUUAUAUGUAUUCAUAUUUCUCACAUACCUAUGAUGCUGUAAUGUAUUUUACAGAACAAUAAAACAAUAUAGUAGUAUUGAAAGUG